GUAUUGCACCGUGACACCAACUUUGAGCAGCGGCGGAGCACCAAACCCCGGGCGCACCCACAGCAGCAUCUGCACCAACACAUCACUGCUCCAGGGGCACUUCAUCUUUACGCACGCAGGACUGGAUGUGCAUGGAAACAAGUGGGGAAAACUACUCUCAGCCGCCGCACACAUUUGCAUGGAAUCGAUUCUGUGAUGAGAUGACCGUGAGAUUUCACCAGUAGCCUAAUAUGCGCAACACUGUGGAUUGCCCUCAUUUUUUUUCUCUUCCUUUCUCUUUUCUGCCCAGUUGUGUUUCCUUAUUCAUUGUGCGCCCUAUGAAGAGCAUUAACUAUCCCUCCCUCCAAUCCUAUUGAAAGGGCUCCGAAAAAAAACAGAGGGAGAUGAGAGCAGCAAAUCCCUUUUUUAUUCCCCUCGUAGCGCUCAAUAAGAGAAGAAUGUGUUGCCUAUCAGUCACCGAGGGGAUCAAGUCUUCGGGACUGUCCCACGCGUUCAAUGCGCCGCGCAGAGCAUCACUGAGAGAGACAGAGUGAAGAAGAAGAGGAGGUCUGCAGCAGCAGCAGCAGCAGCAGCAGCAGCAGUAGCAUCCUGCCCGGACACUUCACAUCAUUUAACAACCUGUCUCCACUUAACAUCCAUUCAAGCCAAUCAUAGGGGCUGUCUGCUUCUCUCACCUCUCAAGCCCUCUCACUGGACUCUGACACGAUGAGGAGUCUGGCGCUGCUGCUGGGGGUGAAAGCCGCUUGCAUCCUGCUGGUGUCUUCGCUCUCGGGCACAGGGGCCGUGAACAACAGCGGCCGGUGGUGGGGUAUUGUCAAUGUGGCCUCCUCCUCCAACCUCCUCACCAAUUCCAAGAACGUGCAGUUGGUCCUGGACCCCAGCCUGGCCCUGCUGAGUCGUCGCCAGCGCCGGCUGAUUCGCCAGAAUCCUGGCAUCUUGCAUGCCAUCGCUGCUGGGCUGCACACCGCCAUAAAGGAGUGCAAGUGGCAGUUCCGCAACCGCCGCUGGAACUGCCCGACCACCCACAGUCCAGCAGUUUUUGGCAAAAUCCUCAAUCGUGGUUGCCGAGAGACAGCGUUUGUAUUCGCAAUUACCAGCGCAGGGGUGACCCAUGCUGUGGCCCGCUCAUGCUCAGAAGGAGCAAUUGAAUCGUGCACAUGCGAUUACCGCCGCCGAGGUCCUGGAGGGCCGGACUGGCACUGGGGGGGCUGCAGUGACAAUGUGGACUUUGGCAGGAUGUUCAGUCAGGAGUUCGUAGACUCCAGCGAGAGGGGCAGAGAUCUGCGCUACCUCACCAACCUACACAAUAACGAAGCUGGAAGAAUGACAGUGUCUUCAGAGAUGCGUCAGGAGUGCAAGUGCCAUGGUAUGUCAGGCUCCUGCACCGUACGUACCUGUUGGAUGCGCCUGCCCAGCUUCCGCACUGUGGGGGACUUCCUUAAAGACCGGUUUGAUGGAGCUUCCAGAGUCGUAUACGCCAACAAGGGAAGCAAUCGAGCCUCUCAUCGAGCUGACCCCCGCCACCUGGAACCUGAAAACCCAGCUCACAAACCCCCCUCCGCCAUGGACCUGGUCUAUUUUGAGAAAUCACCAAACUUCUGCUCCCACAACAGCAAAACUGGCACUUUGGGAACCUCUGGGAGAACAUGCAACAGCUCAUCUCCAGGCCUGGAUGGGUGUGAGCUGCUGUGCUGCGGACGGGGGUUUAAGACCCGGACAGAGACUGUGACUGAGCGCUGCAACUGCACCUUCCACUGGUGCUGCCAUGUCAGCUGCUUGAACUGUACCAGCACACGAACGUUACACCAGUGUCUAUGAUGACAGGUGGAAAACCAAAUGAAUAUUUAGGCAUAUUUGAAGGGCAAAGAAAAAGGUCUUCGCAAAACAGGUAUUUGGUUGAGAAAGCGACGAACAGGCAGGUGGUUGGAGAUGUUAGGUAGAAGUUAGAGAAGCUUCCAGGUUGGUGAACUAAUACAGGGAAAACUUUGGCACAAAAACACAAUCAGUAGUUUUUAAGAGGGGGGAGAUGGAGAAAAGCACAAAUACAACAGGUAACAGGAGGAGAACGUGUACUUAAAGAAGGUAUUUAAACACUGCAACUCUCCAUGUAGAAGUGAUUUCAUCCACAUCUCUUGAGAGUUUGCACUAGUGUGCACAAAGAGAAACAGAAAUAAAGGGACAUAGUGAUAAAGAUGAGGUUGCACCUGUAACCACAUACCACAAACCUCUUCUCCCCUGCUGAGGGAGGAAACUGGACACAAAGUCAUACAGAUGUUUUUUGUGGAAUGAGAGCCACAGACAUGUUCUCUCAUAAACUGGCGGAGACCUCAAAACAGAGGGAAGUUAUUUAAAAAGAAAAACAAAUCUAUGUUUUGUUUUCUUCUGCUGAAAGUUUUUGUUUUCAUGUGAAGUUAAUCUCCAGGGAUGGACUCUCUCUUCCCAAAUUGUGUAAUUCGGCUCCUGGAUUUAUAAUUUCAUUUUUUAAUUAAGAUUUCUCUGGAGUUGAAAAAACACCUCAACCCUGAUUUUCUACUCCGACUUCGCACAGGAUGGUUUUGAUGUUGCACAACAUGGACCGGUGCUUGCCACGUAAAACAAGAAACUGAGAAAGGGAAAUUCAUUUGAAUGUAUUAUCAAUACACUGAAUAUCACCGCCUGUAGUGGGACAAAACAGUACAUAACAUACAACUGUACAUAAAAAUAACAAAAGUGAAUUCUUUGUUCAUGAGCUGGUCCAGUUAGUAGGAAAAUUUGUAUUAUGUCAGGCCACAUCUCAGUGAAAACCUUUUAUUUUGAAGGAGCCUGUGCAAAAGAAAUCAUACUGUAUAUCAGCUAAGAGAACCAAAAUACUGUAAAUAUUAAAAUAUAUGAAUAUAUUUAUAAUGAAGUCUCUUGUAAGUUUUGCUGUAUGAUUUAUGCACAUGUCAGUGGCUGGACAAUAUUCUAUCAUUAGCGUCAAGUCAGGGGAUGUUCGGAUCUCAUGCCUUUUUCUAUUUUGGUGUAAUGUAGCUGAUUCAAAUCCGACUCUUACUAGAAACAGAACAUUAUCACUUUUUUUUGCUUGUUUCCUGUAAAAACACUUGUGUUUGGUCAUGCACUGAAUAUUUACCUUUUUAUCACUGUACAUAUGAAAUAUUUAUUUCUGGGGGUGUUUUUAUACUUUUAUAGAGAGAUGUAAGAAAAUACAUUUUUUUUAGAUUUUAAUCAAAAGAUUUAGGUGCCAGCUGGUUUCGUAUUGUAUAAUAGAACAAUAAAGUCUAUAUUUUCAAUUAAGUUGCCCUCCUGAAUGUGUCAAAAGAUGCUAUUAUGCCUGUUGUGGUUUGUGUUUGAGAUAGUUUUGACAACCAACAAAGUGAACAUAUAAGCCUAUCCCUGGGUGUCCUCUGCUUAAUCCUAUUACCACCACCAAAGCAGCCUCUUUCCCCCAGCUCACAAAACAUCCCUGCAUCUGUGCUCCCACAACCACAGAACCGGCCCCAGCUUAUCCAGC